AUGAGGGUUUUCAGGAGUGUGGUUGCAGGCGCGCUCAUCGCAGGGGUGAGCGUUGCCGCCGAGCCUAUCCCGAGCAUCGCAGCCAGGGACACACCAACUGUCGAUCUUGGAUACGGAGUCUACAGUGGUAGCUACGACGCGACUAAUAACAUCAAUGCUUUCAAAGGCGUACGAUAUGCCGCACCGCCGCUCGGAAAGCUCAGGUGGGCAGCUCCUCAAGUACCAGCGAAGAACAGGACAUCGACUAUCACGGCAUUGAAGGAUCCUCCAGCUUGUCCUCAGACUGGCGCUGGUUCUGCGACUCCUGCUGAGUAUGGCUUCACAUCUGCGCUUGGUAAUGAGGAUUGCUUGUUCCUGAACGUGUUUGCGCCUGCGAAUGCAACAAACCUGCCUGUCUUCUUCUGGAUUCACGGAGGAGGCCACAAUCUCUUCAGCAUCACUGGUUUGGACCCCACUGAAAUCAUGAAGCAGAACAAGAACGGCUUCGUCAGCGUCAUCAUCCAGUACCGCCUUGGUGCGUUCGGCUUCCUUGGAGGCGAAGAUGUCGCAGAGGCUGGUGCGCUCAACGCUGGUUUACUCGACCAGAACUUUGCCCUGAAGUGGGUGCAGGCCAACAUUGCCAAAUUUGGUGGCGACCCCAGUAAAGUAACUAUCGCUGGAGAGAGCUCUGGUGCUGCCUCUGUGUUGUACCAAGCCAUGGCAUACGGCGGUCAGCAAAAAGAAAACCUCUUCAACAACGUCAUCACAGCAAGCCCGUGGUUCCCUGAGCAGUACUGCUACGACGACGACGAGAUUGAGGAUAGGUACGAAGCUUUCGCUGAGUUAGCUGGCUGCUCCAAGGCCAAUGACACGCUCGCCUGCCUCCGUAGUCAGAACACCACCACUCUACAAACCGCGAGUCAGAAAGUCGGCGAGUCGAGACCAUUUGGCGCCUUUGCGUUCUUGCCAGUCACAGAUGGCUCAUUCAUUAAAGACCGGCCAAGCAAGCAACUGCUCUCCGCAGCCGUAAAAGGCAAACGCGUACUCUCCGGCAACAUGGCCAACGAAGGUAUUCCCCUCGCCCCACCCACCGCCAAAACACCCCAGGAUUUCCGCUCUUACCUCGACACUACAUUCCCGCUUUUCUCCUCUGUGGACAAAUCCGCUGUAGAGAGGACCUACUCCUACGCCGGCGACUCCUCACCCAUCGACCCCAACGCGCCCCUCUACGCAACCAACGGCAUCAGCGGCGCCACCGCCGUCAACCAAAGCGCCUACGGCACCGGCCAGACCCAGCGCCUCAUCAACGUCUUCGCCGAAUACGCAUUCGACUGCCCCUCCUACUGGGCCGCCAGCGCCUUCUCACAGGGCUGGAAGUACCAAUUCAGCGCGCCCCCUGCCUACCACGGCUACGACCUGCAAGCGCUUUGGUCCGGCACAAGAACACCCGGCGCCUCAUUCAAGCACGUGUUCCGCGCCAUCUGGGGCAACUUCAUCAUCAACAACACUCCCGUGAUUAGCGUCCAGGACGCGAAGGGUGGCGUGGCGAAUAGCUCCGUAUCGAAUAUCGAUGGCGCGAUGGUCAAGUGGCCGCAGUGGGAUGCGGGCAUGCCUUACCUGUUGAAUCUAAAUGCGACAGGCGGCGUGCCGAGUCCUGUGGCUGCCGGGCCGUAUCUCAAGUACAAUGUGUACAGCGACCCUGGGGUGAGCAAUGUCAUCAGCCUUGCGGAUGCGCAGGCGUGGGAAGGCGGGAGGGGAGCGAGGUGUGAGUUCUGGAAAAGCGUGGCGGCGAAGGUGCCGUAUUAG